AUGUCUCCUCUCACAUCUUUCAGGGCCGUGAGCCUGGGAGCUGCUCUCCUCAGUGGCCACUUGAGCUCCGUUCAUGCCACCACUACUCUUGAGCCAAGUCUCACAUCAUGCACAACCAGUGAAACGAUCUGGGAGACACCCAAGAAUAUAAGCCUGUCCAUCUGUGAAGGAACCGACUUCAAGUAUGGUGGCACGUCUCUCCAGAUGGUCGAGGGCGUCUGCGGCACCAGGGCGUGCAUGGGACUCUGCCACGACAACGACAAGUGUGUCUAUGCCGUCUACGACAAGAAGAACUCGAUAUGCCACAUCAAGAACACCGAGGAGAUUUCAGAGAUGAUCUGGGCUGUCGACGCCAACUUUGACGCCAUCACCAAGCUGCUGCCCAAUGGCACCUACCCUUCGCCCCCUGGCAGCCAGGCCACGGAGCAGCAACCUUCCAAGCCCGCCAACGAGACCAUCUCGGGCGACGCCAAGAAGGGCGCCUGGUCCGAUGUCAUCAAGCUGCCCCUGAUCCCGGUGGCCGCCUACGUGGUCCCCACGUUCCCGACCCCGGGCCGCAUCAUGUUCUUCUCCUCGUGGGGUGUGGACGCCUUUGGUGGCGCCUCUGGCCUGACGCAGUUCGGCUCCCUCGAUCUCAACUCGCACCAGUCCACCAACCGCCAGAUCGCCAACACGCACCACGACAUGUUCUGCCCUGGUAUCAGCCAGCUCUCCGACGGCCGCAUCAUCAUCCAGGGUGGAUCCGACGCCGAGGCCGUCAGCGUCUACGACCCCACCACCGACGCCUUCACGCGCGAGGCCAACCUCACCAUCCCCCGUGGCUACCAAUCCUCGUGCACCCUGUCCAACGGUGAGGUCUUCACCAUCGGUGGUGCCUACUCGGGUGCGCGCCGCGCCAAGGAGGGCGAGAUCUACGACCCCAACGCCAACAAGUGGGAGACGCUCACGGGCGCCGACGUCAAGCCCAUGCUGACCACGGACCACGAGGGCGUCUGGCGCGAGGACAACCACGCCUGGCUCUUCGCCUGGCGCAACGGCUCCGUCUUCCAGGCCGGUCCCUCCAUGACCCAGCACUGGUACGGAACCAAGGGCUACGGCGCCGUCGUUAACGCCGGCACCCGCGACGACGCCAACGCAAUGUGCGGCAUCUUCGUCAUGUACGACGCCCUGCGCGGCAAGAUCCUGACUGCCGGCGGCUCGCCCGACUACACCGACAGCGACGCCAACAACCGCGCCCACAUCACCACCAUCGGCGAGCCCGGCAGCGCCGCCGUGGUCGAGCGCGUCACCGACAUGGCCUACCACCGUGGUUUCGCCAACGCCGUCGUCCUGCCCGACGGCAAGGUCGUCGUCACCGGAGGCAUGAAGCGCUCCAUCGUCUUCAAGGACACGAACAGCGUCUACAUCCCCGAGAUGUUCGACCCGGCCACCAAGACCUGGACCCAGCUGGCCGCCGCCCAGAAGCCCCGCAACUACCACUCCGUCUCGCUCCUCCUGCCCGACGCAACCGUCUUCGUCGGCGGCGGCGGUCUCUGCUGGGUCAACAAGAUCGGCGGCUCGUCCGCCAAGUGCGACAAGACGGUCGACCACGCCGACGGCGAGAUCCUGUCGCCUCCCUACCUGUUCAACGCCGACGGCAGCGCCGCCACCCGCCCCGUCAUCGGCGACCUGGCCAAGAGCUCGAUUCGCGCCGGCGACUCGCUCACCUUUGCCGUGACGGGCAUCAAGGGCGCCGCCGCCGCCAACUACAAGUUCUCGCUGGUGCGCAUGGGUUCCGCCACGCACUCGGUAAACACCGACCAGCGCCGCGUGCCGCUCGAGGACUUCUCCGUCGGCGCCGACGGCAAGUUCACCGUCCGCACGCCCUCCGACACGGGAGUCAUGAUCCCCGGCUACUGGUACCUGUUCGCCAUCGCCCCCAACGGCACGCCCAGCGUCGCCAAGACGGUGCAUAUCGAGCUUGGUGUGGCCGAGUCGAAGCGCACUGCUGGUGUUUGGGGUGCCUAA